CGUUCCUCAUCCUUAGUACUAGUAGAGUAGUGUGUCUCCCGCUACACAGUUCCCAAAGUCUUAAACCCAAACCAAAACGGCAAAACCCUCCAUUGUUGUCAAACAAGAAGAUUAGAUUUUACAUUUUCAUUACACCUAAGAAUUUGGACUUUGGAGAGUUAUUGACUCAGCUGAAAUCACUACCUCUAUCUAUGGCGUCUCUCUCUUUCACUCGCUUUCUUUCACUACCCAGGUGCCAAUCGAAUUGGCGGUCGUAUAAUCCGCCGCAGAAGUUUGUUCAACUCGAGGGGUUUAGAUUGCAGAAUAGCAAAUGGGCAAUUGCAGCUAGAAAGAAACUUGCGGUGGAUUCGGCCGGGGAGGCCUCCGAUGGAGAUGAGGUAGUAGUGAAGAAGAAGAAGAAGACGUCAAAGACUUCUAAGAGAACUAGGAAGAAAGCGGUGGUGGAAACGCCAGAGGAGAGUUCUGAUUUGGAGGUAACUAGUGAUGGGGAGAGUGUGGAAACUGCAGUUUCGGCGGCUGGCAAAGAUACGAAGAGAUCUCCGUGGAGGACUCGGAAGAAAGCUUCAUCUGCUGCUACUACUAGCUCGGAUGAAGUGAAGACUGAGAAGAGGGUAAGGGGUAGGAGGAAGACCAAGCAGAAAGAGGCUACUGCCGAAGAUUUGGUCAGUAAGAGUGAAGUGAGUGAGACUGAGGAGCCAACAUAUGCUGCAAAUGCCGAGGAGGAGAGUGAUGAAGAACUGAAAAUAGAUGAGGGAGAGGAUAUUAGCUUCACAUAUGGUUGGCCCCCUCUUGUUUGCUGUUUUGGAGCUGCACAACAUGCUUUUGUACCAUCCGGAAGGCUGGCUAAUAGGCUAGUAGAUUAUGAAAUACAUGAAAGAAUGAAAGAUGCUUUAUGGUCCCCCGAAAAAUUUGUGAGGGCUCCAGGGGGUUCCGCAGGAAGUGUUGCAAUUGCCCUUGCGAGCUUGGGCGGUAAAGUUGCUUUCAUGGGAAAACUUGGGAGUGAUGACUAUGGUGAAGCCAUGCUGUAUUAUAUGAAUGUCAACAGUGUUCGGACCAGAUCAGUUCGCAUUGACAGUAAAAAGGCGACAGCGGUAUCAUAUAUGAAAAUUGGCAAAAGGGGCCGCUUAAAAUUGACAUGUGUCAAACCUUGUGCAGAAGAUUCUUUAUCAAAGUCUGAAAUCAAUAUUGAUGUUCUGAAGGAGGCGAAGAUCUUCUACUUCAGCACGCAUUCUCUUCUUGACCCAAACAUGAGAUCAACUACAUUGCAAGCCAUCAAGAUUUCAAAGAAACUAGGGGGAGUUAUUUUCUAUGACGUAAACCUUCCAUUGCCACUGUGGCUCUCUAGUGAAGAAGCCAAAAGUUUCAUACAACAAGUAUGGAAUCUUGCAGAUAUUAUUGAAGUUACUAAGCAGGAACUUGAAUUUCUCUGCGGAAUCAUGCCCUCGGAAGAAUUUGACACCAAAAAUAAUGACAAGGUAAAAUUUAUCCAUUAUAAACCAGAAGUGGUUGAACCACUUUGGCACGAAAAUCUCAAGGUAUUGUUUGUGACAAAUGGGACCUCUAAGAUACACUACUACACUAGAGAGCACGAUGGGGCUGUUCGUGGGAUGGAAGAUCCCCACCUUACUCCGUUUACUCGCGAUAUGUCAGCGUCUGGAGAUGGAAUCAUUGCAGCACUCCUGAGAAUGUUAACUGUUCAGCCGCAUCUAAUAACUGACAAAGGCUACUUAGAGCACUCAAUCAAGUAUGCAAUUGAUUGUGGGGUCAUAGACCAAUGGGCGCUUGGAAGAGUGCGUGGCUUCCCUCCAAAAGAUGAUAUGGAAGAAGUGGUUCCGGAUGAAAAUGGCAUAAGGUCAAUAACAGAAAAGGAAUACCGCACAAUAGUAGAGCCUGUCAGUUGAUCCUGCUUGUAGCAAUGACAAACAUAAUUUGUGCAUUAUAUUCUCUAUGGAGGCUCCAAAAUUUUCCCCCUUGUAAAGUGAGUUCUUUUUUUAUUUUUUUAUUUUUCCCUCUUUUCUUUUUGACAACUGGGACGUGUACCUUUAGUUGUGAACCGCCAAUUUUGUAUUCCAUUGAUAGAUCACAAUCUCACUAUUCUUUUAGAACUGCUCUGUGCCCUCCACCAAAAGGGAUGUUUCAA